ACACACGCCCCCCCCCCUCCUUCGGUAGAGGAAGUGGAUUCGCUGACAGGGCUGGGCAGCGGCGACACGGCGACGCGAGAAACGGAGAGAAACACGAAGAAACCGAGCCAACGAGCCUAAACGAGCCACCAGAUCCACCUGCUCGCGUUCGUUCCUCCUCCGCAAAACCGACCCUCGGCGCCGCAGACAUGAAUGAUCAGCAGUUAGACUGUGCUCUGGACCUGAUGAGGCGUCUGCCUCCACAGCAGAUCGAGAAGAAUCUCAGUGACCUCAUUGACCUGGUGCCCAGCCUGUGUGAGGAUUUGCUGUCCUCUGUGGAUCAGCCUCUGAAGAUCGCCAGGGAUAAGGUUGUGGGGAAAGACUACCUGCUCUGUGACUAUAACCGUGAUGGCGACUCCUACAGAUCUCCGUGGAGUAAUAAGUACGAGCCCCCCAUUGACGAUGGCGCGAUGCCCUCCGCUCGUCUGAGGAAGCUGGAGGUGGAGGCCAACAAUGCCUUCGACCAGUACAGGGACCUGUAUUUUGAGGGCGGAGUUUCGUCCGUGUACCUGUGGGAUUUGGAUCACGGUUUUGCCGGAGUCAUCCUGAUUAAGAAGGCCGGAGAUGGCUCCAAAAAAAUUAAAGGUUGCUGGGACUCCAUCCACGUGGUGGAGGUGCAGGAAAAGUCCAGCGGUCGUACGGCUCACUAUAAACUCACGUCCACUGUGAUGCUGUGGCUGCAGACGACCAAGACUGGCUCUGGAACUAUGAAUUUGGGCGGAAGCCUCACCAGACAGAUGGAGAAAGAUGAGACGGUUAGUGAGUCCUCUCCACACAUCGCCAACAUCGGCCGCCUGGUGGAGGACAUGGAGAAUAAAAUCCGCUCCACUCUGAACGAGAUCUACUUCGGCAAGACCAAGGACAUCGUUAAUGGCCUGAGAUCUAUUGAGUCUCUCCCUGAUAAUCAGAAGUACAGGCAGUUGCAGAGAGAGCUCUCUCAGGUUCUCACUCAGCGUCAGAUCUUCAUAGAGUAGUUCUGGAGGAGUGUUCAGACGCUGGCUGAUAAGUCCAAGCAGGAGGCUCUGCGGACCGACCUGAUCGGAGCGCUAAACAAACGCAAACAGCAAAGCUAGAGACGCCCUCCCUCAUCAUCCCUCGCUUCUCUCUCUCUCUCUCGCUCUCUCUCUCUCUCUCUCUCACGCUCCCCCUCACCUCAUGUUUAAUUUGUUCUAGUUUUGUCGUCUCUCGUCACCGCUGAGCUGCGGCGUCUGUCCGGUCCCGCCUGAGGAAAACAAACGACAAAAAAGGAGAAAAUGCAUUUGCUUUUUGUUUUGUUUUUGUUUUUGUUUUAUUUUGUAUUGAUGCACGUUACGAGGCGUCUCAUUCUUUUCCCUCUUUAAAACAUUCACUCUCUCUCUUUCUCCCCCCCCCCGUCUCUCUCACUCUCUCACUGAGUAGUAUUAUAUUAUAUUCUGACGGUUAGAGAUAAAUCUCCCUUCUUUUUCCCUCUGCCUCUCUUCUCUUUCUCUCUUCUCUUUUCUCUCUCUCUCUCUCUCUCUCUCUCUCUGUCUUUCUCUUCUCAGUUUCAGCCUCUCUCUCUCUCAGCUUUGCACUCUGUUAUUUUUGUUUGGGGGUGGUUAUAUUACGUGUUUUGUUUUUUGUUUUUUUUGUUUUUUUGGUCUGUUUUUGUUUUUGUAAAGCUUAAGAUUCAUGUAUUAUUGGAGCCUCCAGCAACAAUAAAAACAGUGAAAUUCUAGAAGUGUAGAACCGUAAAUUGUUCCUCUCUGACCGUGUGCUGCCCGCAAACGGCUGGUGAUCUUUAAAAGUGUACAAAACAGCAUCUCGGCGCUUCACGCGCACCACAGGAGUCGAAAAGGAAUGAAACUAAUAAAAAACAAGAGUUUGGAGAUUUUC